AUGCUGCCACUGAUGUUCUACAGCGGAGGUGGUCAGGACAAGCCCUCCCUAUCUGCCUGGCCAAGCCCCAUGGUUCCUCAAGGACAGCAUGUGACUCUUCGGUGUCACUCCCAUCACAAGUUUGACACAUUCAGACUGUACAAGAACAACGGCAUCUUCGUCUCCAAGCUCCACAGCACAAUAUUGCAGAACAGCUUCCUCAUUGGCCCUGUAACCCCAGCACAUGCGGGGACUUACAGAUGUUGUGGAUCCUAUCUUGGCUCCUCCUCUGUGUGGUCAGCACCCAGUGACCCCCUGGUGAUUGUGGUCACAGGAAUCUACAGAAAACCUUCUCUGUUAGCCCAGCCGGGUCCCCUGGUGAAAUCAGGAAGGAACGUGACCUUGCAUUGUUGCUCUGAGAUCGUGUUUGAAAGCUUCAUUCUUCACAGAGAGGGGGUAUCCAAGGACACCUUGUACCUUGCUGGUCAGCGCCAUCAUGGGGGCUCCCAUGCUAACUUCUCCAUGGGUCCUGUGACAGCUGCCCAUGCGGGGACCUACAGGUGCUUCGGCUCUCUCAAUCGCUCCUCCCAUGAGUGGUCUGCCCCCAGUGGGCCCCUGGACAUCAUGAUCACAGGUCUACACCAGAAACCUUCUCUCUGGGCCCAGCCAGGCACCGUGGUGAGGUCAGGAGAGAACGUGACCUUGUCCUGCUGCUCGGAGAUUUCCUUUGAUGUGUACCAUCUAUCCAGGGAUGGGCAGCCCCAUGAGCUCUGGCUCGCUAAGGGGCAGAGGCAUGGCGGUGCAUCCCAGGCUGACUUCACUCUGGGCCCUGCACACCCAGCCCUGGGUGGGACCUACAGAUGCUAUGGCUCUUUCAACCCCUCUCUCUGUGAGUGGUCAGGCCCGAGUGACCCACUGUACCUUUCUGUCACAGGAAACUCUUCAAAUAGUUGCCUCCUAUCCACAAAACCAACCCCCAAAACUGGUAACCCCAUACACCUGCAUGUUCUGGCUGGGCCCUUAGUGGCCAUCAUCUUCCUCGCUGUUCUUUUCUUCCUCACUCGUCAGUGGUGCCGUGCCAAAGAGAAUGCUGCUAUAAUGAACAGAAAGCCUGAGGUGGACAGAAUGGUGAGCAGGGAGGACCCUCAAGCAGAAGACCCACAGGAGGUGAUAUAUACACAGUUGGAUCAUUGCAUUUUUAUGCAGAAAAAAACCACUCCCACUUCCCGGAGGCCCGAGGAACCUUUGCAUGAUGACAGUGUGUACAUGGAAUUCGCAACAUGCUGAGACCAAUCAAGGCAUGAAUUCUAUGCCCAGAGCACACGCAGGAAGACCCUGAGGAGGCUCUCCAUGGAUGCCAUAGCUCUUUCUGAAACCCCUCCUAACAACAGCUGGAAUCUGAAGGCAGAAGUCUUCAUCUUCCUCUCACCCUAAGAUGAGAUAAAUAUCUCAGGACCCCCUAGAAAGCCCCCCAUCCAUUCUAGGAUGCUAUUAUGAUGAUACAGACAUUUCCAAUAUUGUCCACAAAAUCACCUUUUCUUUUCAAGGGUAAGUUCUGACUUGUGUUGCUAUGUUACUAUAAACAAAUAAAUAAAU